GCAACCGUUUCUGCACCCAUUCUUGAGUGCAAAGUUUAUUUAUUCAAAGCAUUUACACCUUACCCUUCAACCAGAGCAGUUUACAAAUCAAUGAAAACUACGUACGCAGUCCAUUUCCUCAGGUGCUGAAUCCCAAAAAGCCAAGACGCAGAAAAGAAAAGAAAAGCAAUGGGAAGCAGAGAUUACACUCUUUAAGCACAAUUUACUGGAGCACUUUUACAAGCACCACCGAAACCAGCCUCCAAAUAUUAUAUGCAUUCGUCCUUCACCUUGUCCCAGGAGUCCCCCGUUUGCAUAGGAUCGCGAGGCACGUUGCCCUGAGCUGUAAAAUCAUGUUAGACAAGAGGCACCUCUCCAGAAAUGCCUGCGGGGCAGCGGCAGCUCAGUUCCCAAAGGGAAAAUAAAGGCAGCGACGUCUCUUCAGACGAUGCGCCGAGCAUCCAAUUGCAAGAACGGCGACCAGUUCGCUUCCCAAAACGGAGCGAUCGCGGCGAGCCAAAUCGGGAGUGUCCCGGAGAGAGGAGCGGUGCCGUUGCAGCUGCUGGCGGUUUGGGGAGGCGACGAAGCCUCCGCGUCACCUGGUGAGGAAGAGCUCCGCAUCUUCUGGUCCUUUUGGGAGGGCCCUUAAGGGAGGCGGCAGGAUUCGGCGAAAGCGCGAUGCGGAUUAGCAAAGCGAAGCGGCGAGAGGGAAGCCACGGCGAGGCGGCAUUUUGCUCCCCUUGCCUCCAAGGUGGGGGAAAUCCUCCGCCCGAUGGAGAGGGCAGGAGGCAGUCUCCCCACCCCCCCGUCCCUCUUUUCAACACUGCCCCCGGGAUGGCGACACGUUCCCAUCCGCCACGGACGCUCUGAGGGAACCGACCCCUCAGAAAAGCCAGAGGCGCCCAAGUUGCCUCUGCCGCCGCCGCGCCAACCGGCCCAGCAAACCGGAACCAGCCAAUGACAGUCGCGAGAAGCUCUCUCCAGAGAAGUGGGCGGGGCCGCAGAAAGCAACGGCCGACCCACCCGACAGAAGCUUCGUCAGAAGCCAACGGCAAGCUGAGUGGAACCCAAGAGGGAGAUGGUGGAAGAGGAGGAGGAGCGGGUGGGUGGGCGUGGCUCCGCGGCCGAGCUCCUUGGCGAUAGGCUGGGCGCCGAGAAGGAGGGGAAGCGAGGGGCGGCGGAAGACCAACCGGCCUCUUUGGCCGUUGGUGAGUGAGGCGUGGUUUGGGUGGUGGGCGGAGCCCUGAGGUCGAGCUUCGCCCGGCGAUUGGCCCCCCGGCCGCGAGCGGGGGGCGUGUCCCGUCGGCAGCCGCGGCCUCCCCCGGGCCUGGAUGGCGGGCGAGGGAGGCUCGGGGCGCCUGUCUCUCGCAGCGGCGGAAGUCUCGCGAGGCGGCGCGGGCGGGAUUUGGCGGCGGCGGCGGAGGCUGCUGCCUGCUUGCUUCCCACCCUCCUCCCUCCCUCCCAGCGAGGAGCUGGUGUUUGUGUGGAAGGGGGAGGAGGCGGCCGCGGAGGAGGAGGAGGAGAGGGAGAAGGAAGGCGAGCGAGAGGAGCCUGAGCCCCGCCGGCGUCGGGCGGACGAGCGGAGCCGAGGCCCGUCGCUAGGCUCGGGGCCGCCGCCGCUGCGCCCGCCGCCAUGGCCUCGGGAGACACCUUGUACAUCGCCACGGACGGCUCGGAGAUGCCGGCCGAGAUCGUGGAGCUGCACGAGAUCGAGGUGGAGACCAUCCCGGUGGAGACCAUCGAGACCACCGUGGUGGGCGGCGAGGAGGAGGAGGAGGAGGACGACGACGACGAGUGCUGCGAGGACUGCGGCCCUCACCACCCGCCCCACCGCCGGCACCACCACCACCACCAUCACCACCACCCGCCCAUGAUCGCCCUGCAGCCGCUCGUCACCGACGGCGACCCCAGCGGAGGCGGCGUGGGCGCCGGGGGCGGCCAGCUCCAUCUGCACCACCACCCGCACCACCAGGAGGUGAUCCUGGUGCAGACCCGCGAGGAGGUGGUCGGCGGAGACGACUCGGACGGCUUGCGGGCAGACGACGGCUUCGAGGACCAGAUCCUCAUCCCCGUGCCGGCCCCGGCCGGAGAGGACGAGUACAUCGAGCAGACUCUGGUCACCGUCGCGGCCGCCGGGAGCAAGGGCGGCUCGGGAGGGGGAGGCUCCUCUUCGGGCGGCGGCCGGGUGAAGAAAGGCGGCGGCGGCAGCGGGAAGAAGAGCAGCAAGAAGAGUUACCUGGCCGGGGGAGGAGGCGGCGGUGGCGGCGCGGCCGAAGGGGGCGGCGGCGGCAGGAAAUGGGAGCAGAAGCAGGUGCAGAUCAAGACCCUGGAGGGGGAGUUCUCGGUCACCAUGUGGGCCUCGGGUAAGUGGAGCGGCCGGGCGGGGCUCGGCACCUUGCGCGGGGAGGCCCCCAGGGUCCGGGGAGCCCUUCUCCGGGCCCGGCGGGCACUUUCCCCCCGUUUUGUUUUGAAGGGAGGCCAUGUUUGGAUGUGUGUGAUGGGCGCCGCCAUGUUCAUCUCGCCAGGGCAAGUAUGGCGGCUUCCCCCGAAAAGAUGGCGGGGUCUGCGCUUGCCUCUGCCUGAUUGCCCGGCUCCCUCCGGCGGGGGGGAAAAGGGAAAGAAAGAUGGCGGCGGCCCCGCCAAGAUGGCGGCCGAGAGGAAGAGAGAGAGAGAGGAGGGGAGGCGAGGCGGCGCGCCUGCCUGUCCGCGCGCGCGCGCGCUCUCCUUCCUUCCCCUCCCCCCCCAUCUCCUCUCGUUCUCUGAGUGACUCCUGGACUAGGCCGCAAUGGCGUAGUUUCUGCAGUAGGGGGAGGGAGGGAGGAGGAGGGAGGCGGGGCAGGCACGCGGCGGCGCGGGCCGAGCUCGCCGGCCCCUUCCUUCCCCUCUUCCAGCCUCUCUCCCCCUCCUCGAGCUGCCUCGGUUCCGUCCCCUUUCCCCCCGUGUAGCCUCCUUCCUUUCAUUCUCUACCCCGUGACAGACUCGGGGUAACCUUUAAACGUUCCUCGCUGGGCUUUUCCCUUCGUCGUCUUUUCAACCUUCUUUCCUUCCCCCACAAGCAAACGGAUAAGCCGUUUCCUUCCCUUCUUGCGCCCCGCCUCAUGUCCGUUUCCUUUCCCCAACCAGCCGCCUCGACUUGGUAGCGCUUGCCUGACUGGUUCCUCCUCAUUUCUCUCCUUCCUCCUGGGAUUUUGGCUAAGUCCCCCUCUCCUCCCCAUAAAAACUCCCUAAUGAAUUCCGACAAGAGGUCUGUUCAGGAAGCGCGGCUUUCAGUUUUACUGCCAGUAAGUCGGGGAAGCGCCCAAGUUGCCGCCUCCUUCCAACACCAGAACUGAGUCCCUUUAUACGAAACACGUUUCCCAAACUGAGCCUAUUUUCACGGUUCCUAGACUCGUGAGUGUGCUUAAAAGUCUCUUUAGCUGACAUCUAGCGGGGUUUUUAAUAACUUGAGGGGUCUGAGGGAGGCCUAAAAUUAGGCGCCUGGAUCACUGACAUCUGCUCUGAAGGAAGGAGGUGGAUCCUCUCUGACCCUGGAAGCUGGAUCUCUGGCAGAAGACCAGCAGAGAGAGUGCCUUUUGACUUAAGAGGUGCUGCCACCUCUUCUCAUUACACAGCAGGUGUGUGAAAUUGACACUGCCAGCCUCCAGAUCCAGGAUAUGUUGUUUCAAGGGAAUUAACCUCUGCAGUAAACAGUUCUUGCGGUUCCUGCCUGUAUAUAUGGGUUAAUAGUAAAGGGUACCAGCUGUAGGAAACUUAAGGGUUUUAGAGUUCUCAAAUGUUUUUUUCAAGUUAAAUAGAGUGUUAAUGAAUGGAGAACCUACUACCAUUAAUCCUUUAUUUUUAAGUGUCCUAAUCCAUAGAAGAGUUGGAAGGGACUGUGAGGGUCAUCUAGACCAACCCGCUGCAUUGCAGGAAUGUUUCACACAAGAGUCUCAUGCUCUAAUGAGUGAGCUAUCCCAGGUUAUACGCAAGUAGAUCCCUUGAAGUAUCGCCUACAGAAACAUAAAAAUGGGUAUGAAUUUGGCUCCUGGUGUUUUACAAUAUAUGCCUGCUUGGCUGAUUAGAACACAGUUCAUGCACAUUUCAGUGUGUUAAGUGAAAGAAACAUAAAUAUUUGCUGAAUUAGCUUGAGUUUCUAACUUAUUACUGCAUUGAUAAUACAUAGUUUUAGAAAGUCUUGGUGUUAAAAGGGCAACUUUGUAUAUUAUUAAUAAUAGCAGCACAACAUAAUCCCCAGGACAGAGUAAUUGUUUUAAUCAUUAAUAAAAUAAACACUGCCAGCCAGGAGCACAAUCCAGAAUCUAUGACUAUACAGUCUACAUAACAUUUGUGCUGUACUAAUUUUGUACAUGAUAUUUUUUCAUUGAGUAAAUAUAUCAUUACAUUGCUUAGAGACCAGUGACAGAUGUGUUUGGUGUGCUCUCUGUAAAUCAGUGGUGUCAAAACUUAUUUCAAAGAGGGCCAGAUUUGAUGAAGGGCUAUGUUUGUUGAGUUUUUUUAGGAUUGAAGUUGUUGAGGGUUUUUUAGGAUUUUAUCCCAGGAAAUAAACUGCCACAGGGGCCGGAUUAGGCCCCCAAAACAGACUUUGGGCAUGCCUACUGUAAAUCCAAACUACUAAACACAAUCACUUAAUUUAGAACUAAGGCUUGUAAUUCUUAGGAAGCAACUCACAUGAGAUUAUGUGGAACAUCAUAGCUCAAUCCUAUGUGCUGUCUAAAAACUAUCCCAGAACAGAUUUUAUUCAGUCUUUUUAAAAUUUCCAGUCCCCUUCACUAUUGGUUAUCUUGUCCUCUGGUACUUCAGAGAAACUGAGCAAGUGGCAUUCUGUGACAAUCUAAAAUGAUAUUUUCAUAGCCAUAUCACUUUAUUGACCAUGCUGAUAAAUUUUCAAGUAAUUGAGUUUCAUAAGUGGUUCACGGAAUCUGAUAAGUUAAAUGGAUAAUUUCUGCAGUGACAUACCCAUGCUUUCUUAGAAGCAAGUACUACUGAUAUAAAUGGGGCUUACUUUCUAGUGCAGAUUGUAGUCCUAUAUGCUUUGUGCUUAUGUUAAGCAGCUUUAUCAAAUAUUACAUGAUGCAGAAGCUAUUGCCAGAGGUGCCGAAAGUCAAAGAUCAAUUAGCUGCAUUGAGCUGUGGAUUUUCAGGCAUCUAGUAAGGUGUCUGAAGCUACUGAUGUUGAUGGCCUAAAUGAACUCUGUUAGUUAUGGGCUCAAUUCUCUCUGUUUCUGAAUCAAAAUCAGUGCAUUAAUCCAGGCUUGUUUUGACCUUGUAUAAAUAAUGCAAUAGCCUUUUCUGCUGAAAUGUAAUAUGUAUAUACACCCAUUAUUUUCUGUGGUGCUCUGAAGCCUUGAUAGCUCUCGAAGUCCAUCAGCCUGCUUAUAUAAUUUAAUUGCGUACCUGCCCUGUUUGAUCACAAUAUUGUGCUUGCUCCUUUUAGGCACUUUACAGACCACUAGUUCAAGGUGUGCUUAACAGAAGUAGCAUAAUUGAAUUCUCCAUUUAUGUCUUACACUCUUAACAGUGGGAUAUAUCUGAAAUAAUAUAGUACAGUGGUACCUCGCAAGACGAAUGCCUCACAAGACGAAAAACUCACAAGACGAAAGAGUUUUUCGUUUUUUGAGUUGCUUCGCAAGACGAAUUUCCCUAUGGGCUUGCUUCGCAAGACGAAAAUGUCUUGCGAGUUUGUUUCCUUAUUCUUAAAACCGUUAAUACCGUUAAAACCGUGCUUCGCAAGACAAAAAAAUCGCAAGACGAAAAAACUCGCAGAACGAAUUAAUUUCGUCUUGCAAGGCACCACUGUAUGAUGAUUAAACACAAAAAGGCUCAGAUCAAACUUUUAACAAUUUGUACAAAGUUAGAAGAAUUUUUCAUGCUAUCUUUCAGCCACCUCUUUACCUAGUAUUAUAUCGUCUUUGUGCUAUUAUUCUCCUCUUUUGGAUUCUCCCAAGUUCUGAACAGGAGUGCUAUGCAUCCCUCAGUUUUGGGACUGGCUACCCAGAAUAUUCCUUUAGCCUUGUUUAAGGGAAAUUUAAUGCCCUCCUGCAGAAAUAAUUGUUGUAGGAAAGUUUAACACUUCUACCAGUUCUGAAUUUGAAUGUUAUUGAAUAGGGUAGGAUUUGAGGAGGAUGUGUUCAGUUACAGUACUAUACAUUAAAUGGCACUCCCUUUUAGAUGCUCAAAUAGUUGAACUGGUUAAACUUCAUAAACUUCUUAGAUACCGUCUUCUGAAAUCUUGAAUGCAUCUUUUUACAUAUCCUGUGUUUUAUGAUAUGGAAACCAAGUUUUGGUAACCAGUUCAACUUGCUCCAUAAUUGCAUUUAUGCUGUGCCUUAUCUGAACUUGUGACAGUGGAGGUCAAAAACAGUUCUUAGGCAUUCUCUUCCCCCCUUUUCAUGCACGUGGAAAGCCUAAUAGUUUCUAGCAUAAUAUCCUGAAUUACUAAAAAAAUUGUGUUAAUACACCAAAUACCAUGUACUUGCUCUCAAGUGACUUUUAAUUUUGAAGUUUGGGGUUGAGUAGAGUUGCUUCUUAAGCAAGUUAAUAACUUGCAGCUUUCAAAUUAAGGGAAGUCCUUCUGUUGUCCUUCUGGGUAAUUAGUUACAUUCCAGGGUCCCAUUAUAGCACAAUGCUAUUUCUCAAACCAUUAAGAAAUCCCUCUCAGUUAGUAAGCGGGAAACUAUUGCAUGGCUAUUGCAGUGACCCAUGUCAGAUAGCAUCUUCUAAACUAGGGGUGGGUAGGUUGUGGCCCCGUAUACUCUGUUGGACUCCAUUUCCCAUCAUCCCUGACUAUUGACCAUGUUCUCGGGACUGAUGGGAGCUAGAGUCCAACAACUUACGGGGGCCACAGGUUCCCCCAGUCCUAUGUGCUAUUCCUUUUUCACAAGCCUAGUACAUCUAUGCCACUCCAGAAUGUUUCAAUGCUCUUCUGAACUAGGCAUUACUUCCACAUAGAAAUCUAGAUAUCAUUGAGAAGCAUUUUAGCCUAGUUUCUCUCUCCCACCCCAUUGUAUAGUUUUCAGCAAACUGAAGCGAUACAGGCGUAUCUCAUUAAUAAGAAUUCACUGCAGUAAGAUCUAGGUCAUAAUGCCCAGAAGUAGAAAUGUAAGUUUAGAUCCUAGUUAUUAGAAAUUCAGCAUGUAACUGCAUAAUACAAUGUCUUUAGCCACAACACCUGUGGCCACUGGCAUCCUAUCAUGUUACGUUUAAGCCCCAAAUCGUCCACUGAUGCCCUUGACUAUGCUUCUGAAACUUGACUGCAUCCAUCAGUUCUACUGGAUUUUUUCUGCUCUGUUAUCUUUGGGUUGCUCAAGCCAGUUUGGGGUGUUGUUAUGUACAGAAGAUAAAUGAACCAGAUGUUCACCAGAACAGAGAAUGGCUAUAACUCAUUUGGUUUCCCAAAUUUGGAAGUGGUCACUAUGUGAACAGAAUGCUGGACUGGAUGGGUGUUUGGUCUGAUCCAACAGUGUUCUUCUUAAAUUCUUGCAUUCCCCAUGCUAGUGCCAGUAAUCUGUUCUGCAUGAUAAUAUACACGUAUUAUUGCUCAAACUGUGCAUACAGCUUGCUUCUGCUAGGUUAGAUGAUCUGUCAAGUUAGGGUCCUAGAACCAUACACUGUGAAACCUAAGAACAAAGCAACAGCAGCUCUUUAAUCUCCAUUCUUUGGAGGUAUAAUCAUCCACCCUCAGAUCCAUUGAGGAUUAUUGAGGGUUCCUUUACCAGAGAGUAUUCAACUCAUCCAAGUCCAAUAGUUCAGGAUACUUGAAAACACUUAAUAUAUAUAUUUCUUUUUUUAAAAAAAAUUCAGAAUGUAAAAUGAUUUUCCCAGUUAACAGCAGUGAUUCAUCCUAAGCACAUAAUUGGGGACAUGAGCAAAUAAGAUUUAUGGUGAAAGUUCAGAAGCACUGACAUGCAUGCAGACCAGCAUUAUAUCUGAUCUCAUUUCAUCGUCUUCUUUACUGUGCAUUGCAAUCUUACUUGCUGCUGGUUACCUUUGUUUCUUUCUCCCAUGGCUCCUUCUAGUUGUCUGUCAUGUUACUUAAAUCCUUAUUCUUUAACCAGACUUACCAUCUCUAUUCAUAAACUCAGAUCCACCUUUCUAGAGCAUUGAUCACAUUUGAAUGCCAGAAGUGUAAAAAAAAUAAAAAGUUAUAUAGGAAUUCUUGAGAUUUUGACACUAUUCAGGAGGAAGGAAUUCCUGAGAAUCCUUCAUUGAACCACUACUUGAAAAUUAUAUUUAGAGCUAGUGGUGGCAUUCACAAAGAAAGAAAGAACUGUAUAGGUCAGGGAUCAGCAACCUUUUUCAGCUGUGGGCCAGUCCACCGUCCCUCAGACCAUGUGGUGGGCUGGACUAUAUUUUCUUUUGGGGGGGUGUGUGAAAUGAACAAAUUCCUAUGCCCCACAAAUAACCCAGAGAUGCAUUUUAAAUAAAAGCACACAUUCUACUCAUGUAAAAACACGCUGAUUCAUGGACCAUCCGUGGGCCGGAUUGAGAAGGCGAUUGGGCCGUAUCUGGCCCCCUGGCCUUAGUUUGGUGUUUCACUUGGAAGAAUUUUCAAGGGUGAGCUAUUCUUGAUACCUCUCCUUGUUAGCUUAUUUGGAAACUAAAAUAAUGGGAUCAAUUCAUGAAUUUCCCCCUUUGCAGCAGACAUUUGACAAAUUAGCAUAUGGCUUAUUCAUUUCUUACAUGCAAAUAUUAUUUUUGGAUAGUGUUAGGGGUAGAGCUAUUCACUAUUCUUUCUUACAGGGAGCUUAAACUAGCUAAUUUCUUCUUCAGUGGAGGCAGUAAUUCUUGCAUAGAUCUGCCCUCCCACUUGCAAGGUCAUUGAAAUUAGCGUCCUAUAUCCUCUGAGUGGAGAGAGUUCCUAUGUAGUUUCUGGUCCUUCCCAUCUUGGUGCAUGGGUCUUUUCAUUGCAUUCCCCACCACCCACCCCUCUACCUAGCCAGGGUGGGUCAUGAGGUGGGCUUUUGGCUGAAUAUGUGUUUUAAGUUUAAAGGAGGAGGCAUUCAACACCAUAUCCAUUCCGUGCACAGUUUCUGAGAGCCCUAGGAGAGGAAGAGGUUGCUCCUCUAGGAGAGCAAUUGCUAUUGGUAGUGAUGGAGGGGAGCACCCAGACGGCCCGACCACCCUGUCAGGGUGGCUCUGCUAGGUUGGUGCUAACCCUCAUAGGCAGGAAGGACAGAUCAAAAUGGGUGUAAGCCAGUGGAUCUUUAGGCUACCCCACCCUCUGAUUCUGGAUAGUGGAUCUGUCCACCUGGGGCUACAGAAGUGGAUUAGCUAGUGCAUAGUACAGGAGCUGCCAUGCCAUCUUCUGAGGGGAAGGUUCAAAAGGUGGAAUAGGAUCUACCACCCGCUGCACCAUUUGAAAAGUUUGCAGUGCUUAUCUAGGGCCCUUGCCUGGUCUUCGAUAGCUGCGACAGCAGAAGGGACAGAGGCGUUGCUGGGCAGCUUUAACUAGCAGGCUUUCCUUUUCCCCAGACACCUUUGCAAGCCUUUGCCCAUGUCAACAGACAUCUGGACCGAAAGCCUGAUGCACACAUUGACAAGAUGUGAAGGCUUUUUGCCAGAUUCUGAUGCUUCCCCUGAAGUAGUGGGUGUCUACAGCAGCCACAGCACAAGUUAGUUUCGAGAUACAGAUGAACUACCCAGCAUUCAAGAGCAGGCACAAAUAUGUACUUGUUUGGACAGACCAUGUUAUUUCAAAGACUCACAAUAGCAGGCAGGGAUCACAAGACCUUGUUCACUGCUGCAGGAAGCACUGUACCUGCCGUGCAAUCUCCAUGAUCAAUCCUCCUGGCUCAUUCAGUUCUCAUUCAUUUCCAAACCUGCACAGCAAUUCUGGGAUCCUUGGAGAUGCUUGGAACUUCUUGUUGGUUCUCAGCUGCUCUUUGGCAAAUGGAGCUGUCAAGGAAGUAGGACAGCAGAGAGGACAAAAAGGAGGCAUUCUGGGUUGGGGGUGGCUACUGUGGAUCUUUAGGAUCCUCCCAAUCCCCCAUCGCACCCUCUCACUGGAAGCAGUGGGAAGGAAAGGGUUUUAAAAGGACAAGCAGCCAUUAAAGGCAAAAUGGGGGGGGGGAAUCACUUGCCCCUUUCUGUCCUGCCUGUAGGACAAAGGGGCUUCCUCCACCACAGUCUCUCUCUCUCCCUUUGCCCUUAGGAUUGCUUUGUUUGUGCUGUGCUUUUGGUAGUUUAAAAAAGGAAGAAAAUGAAUUGAUAAUGAAAUAUAGAAACUGUCGAACACCUUAUAGCAAGCUAUGGCAACAGAUUUUGAUUACCCAAAAUGUUCAGUUAGCAUAUGUGCCCUGCCUGCUGUUCAUAUCUUUGUUGGGUUGUGGAUUAUUUUUCUAGCAAGGAAUUGGCAGUUGAAGAAUUCAGUUCUUUAGAAUUUAAAAUUCCGAAUUCCUCUUUAUUUAAGAGGGAAUUAUUAUUAAAAGAAAAUGGAAGUUAAUUGCCACCUUAUUGAUCAUGCUGUUGCUAAAUUAAGCUGAAAUUGGCAGAGUUGCCAGUGUAUAUAUUUAUAGUUACAACUCAUCAUACAUUGAAUUUAGCAUUGUAUUCAUUUGAAGUAGGAAAUAAUUGCAUGUUCUAUAAAGCUAGUGCUUAGUACUGGGGCGGAGGGCAGAGGGUUCCGUAAAGUACAGAUUUGUAAGCAAAUGACCAUUUGCUAAUGCAUUUUAUUAUCUUUUUGACCCUGCAUAUGGAAAUAGCUUGAGGGAUGUUUGCUAGCGCUAAGGGUGGGGGAGGUUGUGCUAAGGUACAAGCCUAGCCAACGGUGGUGUCCUUCGAGGAUGUUAAAUCAAAAUUCAGUUUGCUCUAAUCAUUUCAGAUGACAAAAAAGACAUUGACCAUGAGACUGUGGUGGAAGAGCAGAUCAUUGGUGAGAACUCCCCUCCAGACUACUCUGAAUACAUGACAGGAAAGAAGCUACCACCUGGAGGAAUACCUGGCAUCGAUCUUUCCGACCCUAAACAGCUGGCUGAAUUUGCAAGGUAAGUGGUAAGAGAAUUGUUUUUCUAGUAAAAACAUUAUUCCAUUAUUCUCAUUCAUAAUUAUCAGAUACUGAGAAAUGAUCUUUCUGGUAUAAGAGUUCAGACACUGAGAUAGGAAUUGUGACUGUGAAAUUUCUUCAGAGUUCUCUCUCUGAUUAGGUCAUUCUGGAAUAAAUUCUCUGGCUUGCCUGCCAGAUUCCUCAAGUUUCCAGAUUCCUGUUUCAAAGUCCAUUCUCUAUUCCAUCUUGCCUCCAGCCUUCCCCCUCUGGGGUCCAUAUCCUUAAAUGUGCAGAGAUGGGACCAGUCUCUUCUCACUUCCUAACCCUGUUCCUUAGAGGUUUUAUUCCCAGCCAAAAUAACAGCUUCCCCUCCCUCACAGAAGUUGAACUGUAAACUGUUUAGUUUCCUGGACAGUGGAAUAUUUCAUGCCAUCACACCAGCUCAGCCAGUCAGUUUGAGACUUUGCCAUCACAACUGCAAUACGAUACAGUUGGUUUAUGUCAGAAGAUUACUUUGUUAAUACAAAGCAAAUAAGAAUAUAUUUCCUUUUCACUGAUCAAUGCUGUUGUGCUUUUCUUUGCAAGAAUGAAGCCAAGAAAAAUCAAAGAAGAUGAUGCUCCAAGAACGAUAGCCUGUCCUCAUAAAGUGAGUAAAAUAUUAUGAUUGCUGAUAGCCUGAUAGUCAACAAAAUGCUUUUUAACUUCAGAGUUCAUGCUUAUAAAGACUGCUUCUCUGUUCCUUUUAAAAAUUAAAGUAUGAGGAAAGUUGCAUACAUUUUGUAUUGUAUUAAAGUAUUGUUUCUCCUGAUGGGAAGUAGAAGGACCAUGGCAACUAGGAAAAAGGGAAAGCAGCUCAUGUAUUUAAAAAAUUAAAAAAACUGAAAAUGACUUGGCAAAAAAUGUGAAGAGGCUGAAUGUGUUUUAGUAGAGCACCCGGAAAUCCUAGUUGUAAUACAGUCCACUGAUGUGUCAUCUUUGUAUUCUCUCGAAGGGCUGCACAAAGAUGUUCAGGGACAACUCUGCCAUGCGGAAGCAUCUGCACACUCAUGGGCCUCGAGUACACGUCUGUGCGGAAUGCGGCAAGGCCUUUGUGGAGAGCUCAAAACUAAAGCGGCACCAGCUAGUUCAUACUGGAGAGAAGCCCUUUCAGGUAACUAUUUUUUUCCAAAAUACUUUUGGUAGACAUUUAUGCUGCAUGUAGAGAUCAUUCUGAGGCUCAAAAAACCCAAAGGUACCUGUUCUCAGAUAAAAUUAGGUAACACCAGUCAAAGGGCUGGAAAUAAUCUAAAUGUGUGGACAGAGAAUAAUUCAAGCAACUGCCCAACAGGCAUUUCGCACUAAAUCUUUUCCUAUCCUGUCUUGUUGGGUCAUUCAUGAUGCUAUCUUUCCAUAGUUACCAGGAGGUUUGAGAUCAGGUCUUAUAACAAGCAGCAGACUUAAUAGCUGCUAGGCAAAAUAUACCUAGCAAAAUGUAAUUACAUUCACGCACUCACCCCCCCCCCCCAAAAGCAUUUCAUUUGCUGGCUGCACACUUCAUCAUUGUCAGAGACUUAAUUAUUGGAGCACUUGCAAGCUGUUGAUGUAGACGGAGUGCAAUAUAUUGAGAACUGUUUCUCCCUUUCCUGACAUGCUGCAUUUUCCCACUACAGGCCAGGCCUCAGAGGUUAUAUAGGUGUGGGAUGUCUUUCACUGAUAAGUCAUACUGUCUAGUUUGCCAGCUCAAGAUGUACAAACUGGACAACAUCAUAAACAAAUUGUAUGUGUGUUUUUUCUCCUUGAGGUUUUUAGAAUGUGCUUGUAUGCAAACUUUUGUAAUAGGAGCAAUAAACAGAAAUCUAGACAGUGGAGAAAUUCUGUUCCUGUUGUGAAAGCUGGUGCUCUUAGAACUGUUGUUUUACCUCUCGGUAGUAGUAGUUUGCCAUGGCUGUUAUUCACUGUCCUUUAUAUAAAGCAAUCAAGAAUUGACUUUUCCCAUGUUGUUGAAGACAUGCGUCUUCAUCAAAUGUUCCUCAGCCUUUCGUUGGCAAAAAUCGCGCAAGAGGGCUAUGAAUAAAGCCGUGCAUAGAAACAAGUGCAUAGAAACAAGAUAGUGAAUGCCAACUUUUAUUUCAGUGGAUAAAGUGAUCAUUGUCUUUAUCCUCCAGAGACGUACUUUGCUUGUUAUGCCUGCUGAACUGUUCAGAUAACACAGGCAUUGCACCAUAGCAUUUAUAGGAAGGAAUGGGUGAAUUCUUCAUGUCCAUGGGAUUCCUAAGUUCUUGGCUGGGAAGCCUGCCAUUUGCAGUAAUUUUUUUUAUGUAACGUCGUGGUUAAUUGGUGUACAUUUAUAAUGUAUUUUCCUGGGGAAAUGUGGAUUAAAGAGUAAAGGUGGUGCUUGAAGGAUACCAAGAACUGCUUAUAGGCUUAUGUAAUGUUACCUGGACUACUACUUAACUGCUUUAGAAAUGUAAAGCUUUUUCUUGAGAUAUCUUACUGCUAGUAAAUUCAUGUCACGAGGUAUAGAAUCAUACUUUGCAUUGUAGAGUUGGAAGGGAUCCUGAGGGUCAUCUAGUCCUAGCUCCUUCAACCAUUCCUCAUAAGGCUUGGCUUCUAGACCCUUGAUCAUCUUAGUUGCCCUCCUCUGCACAUGUUCCAGCUUGUCAACAUCCUUCUUAAAUUGUGUUGCUCAGAAUUGAACAUAGUACUCCAGGUGUGGACUAGCCAAGGCAGAAUAGAGCAGUACUAUUACUUCCCUUGAUCUGGAUACUACACAUCUGUUGAUGCAGCCUAGAAUAGCAUUAGCGUUUUUUGCUGCUGCAUCACACAGUUGACUCAUGUUAAGCUUGUCUACUAAUAGUCCUAGAUCUUUUUCACAGGUACUCCAGGCAAGCCAGGUGUCCACCAUCCUAUAUCUGUACAGCUGGUUCUUCCUGCCUAAGUGUAAAACCUUACCCAUGUCCCUAUUGAAAUUCACUGUUAGUUUCGGCUCAGUUUUCCAAUCUGUUAAAGGUCUGAUUGAAUCACUAUUCUGUCUUCAGUGGCAUUGGCUACCCCUCCCAGUUUGGUGGCAUCUGCAGAUUUGAUGAGCAUCCCCUCAAUUCCUUCACCCAAGUCAUUUAUAAAGAGGUUGGAACAACAGUGGCCCAGGACAUAACCCUGUGGCGUCCCACUUGUUACGUUUUUCCAGGGUGACGGGAAACUAUUAGUGAUCACUCUUUGUAUUCAGUCAGUCAACCAGCAACAAAUAUGAUCCUGUGUAUGGAAGUCCAUGGAUUUGAGUUUCAGCUUCAUUCUGAAUAUUGUAUGUUUGUAUUGCAUUUUUAAAAUGAUUGCCCGCUGCCUUGUGACUACUAUGAGAGACUGUAUAGAAAUGGUGACUAGAAAGUGCCAGCGUGCCAUGAGCAAACUAAUAAUAGUUUCAUGUUCACAGUAUUUGAGGCAAAAAUAUUAGUCUUACUGAGACAUGCUCCUAAUGCCCUGUGUUUUCAUUCAACAGUGCACGUUUGAAGGUUGUGGCAAACGCUUUUCACUGGACUUCAAUUUGCGCACACAUGUGCGAAUUCAUACUGGAGACAGGCCCUAUGUGUGCCCUUUUGAUGGCUGUAAUAAGAAGUUCGCUCAGUCAACUAACCUGAAAUCUCACAUCUUAACACAUGCUAAGGCCAAAAACAACCAGUGAAACUCUGCAAGAAGAAAGCUCUUGGACUCAAAGCAUCUUACUUUACAGGAGAAUGGUUGAAAAUGAAUAAGCCUCCCCUUUGUAUAUUGUUUCUAGGAAAGAAUUUAAAAAAACAAACAAAAAAAGAACCCUACACGCCUAAAGGACUUGUUUUUGAUAAAGUGGCAAAAUAAACUUUAAGGGUGCAUUGCUGCAAUGCUCGAUUUUGCUCUAUAAUUUGGGUUUCGAGAGUACGGUGUUUUUGUAAAGCGUGGCCCCACCUGGAGGAGGCAAGACAGUUCAUGGACUUGCAUCAAAGACAGUUCUUUCUACAACAGUGCUAAAAUUGGACUUUUCACAUUGUUAUAAAUAUGAAGCUCACCUGUUGCUUACAAUUUUUUAAUUUUGUAUUUUCCAAGUGUGCAUAUUGUACACUUUUUGGGGAUAUGCUUAGUAAUGCUAUGUGUGAUUUUUUUCUGGAGGUUGAUAACUUUGCUUGCAGUAGAUUUUCUUUAAAAGAAUGGGCAGUUACAUGCAUACUUCAAAAGUAUUUUCCUGUAAAGAGAAAAAAAAGUUAUAUAGGUUUUGUUUGCUAUCUUAAUUUUUUUGGUUGUAUUCUUUGAUGUUAACACAUUUUGUAUAAUUGUAUCGUAUAGCUGUAAUGAAAUCAUGUAGUAACAAAUAUUAGAUGUGAUUUAAUAGUGUUAAUCAACUUAAACCCAUUUUAGUCACUUUUUUUGGGAAAAAUACUGCCAGAUGCUGAUGUUCCGUGUACUUUCUCUUUGCCUGUUCAGUUAAGGAAAGUGGUGCUCAGUUGUAGAAUGUAUUGUACAGGCACUGACCUUUUAACAACACCUGAUAUGUACAUCCCGUGUAAUAGAGUGGGCAAAAAAAUAAAACAGUGGUCCUGAAGAAAGAAUAUGGCAGAAAACAAUCUGUAAGCACAGCCUAUUUUUCUUCUGUUGUCCAGGACAAAUUAUAGUUCUUUAACGUCCCAGAAAUUGGAUGCUAAAUAAAACUCAAGUUACCUUAACUACCCCCCUCCCCUGCCUUCAAUUAGAUUUUUAAUGUAAGUGGUGUAUCUUCAUCAUAGCACUAAACCCCCAACCUGAAUAACACUAAGCAGUUGUGGAGAUUUUGAUCUUUCUGGAUCAUAUGGAGCCUCCCAUUGGGCGCUGCAGCUUUGACAGUGAAGUAUAGCUUUUGGUUUUUUUUACAUUCAGCAAGUGGUGGAGCAGGACAACCUAUAGACCUCUGCUGCCUUGGUCUGAUAAGGUAAGGUGAUGACAGCUGCACCCAUUAGUGGGGUGAGUCGUGCAUGUGAAUUGAAACACCAGAAUGCUGAAGUAACCUGUCCUUGGCCUGGGGAGAUGGUUCUUACCUUUGAGAAUCUAUAGAACAGUAUAGUGCAGGUUGCAUAUUUUUUGUUGAACAGAGUAUAGUUGCUGUCAUUUUUCCUUCUUGGUGUCCAAUAGCUGCCCUAAGUACCAAAACAGCAACAAGCUUAACUUGGAUUCUGAGCCGAGAAAAGGGUGGCUUCUGCAUCAGUGAUGUGAAUUUAAAUGAUACAACCUAUUUUGUUUGACUCUGUAAUGCGUUACUGUUGUACAAUAAUUCUGCAUAACCUAAAUCAAGGGACAAUGGCAAGAAGCUGUGCAGGGCACCCAAGCCCCACCCCUGAUCAAUGGAAAUUUUAGUAGCUUUUGAGGGCACUCCCCAUGCUCACAAGAAUAUGACGGGAUUCAUCCUGCACAAGGACUUCUUCUGGCACAGCAGAGUCCCUCCCCCCCCCCCCCGGCACGCUGCAUGUUGGCUAAGGGCAUCGGGACACUCUUCAGUACCUUGUAUGUUCAGGAGGGGGGCAGACCAAGCCAUUCGCUUAGCUCUACAUUGAAUUCCUCUACUUUCAACCUAAAGGGCUAGGAACUGAGGGCUAGAAAUGAGUUUCUUGGCAAGCUGAAAUCUGAACCCUGUACCGUGUGCUGCAACUUCUGUUUUACACUUCUGCAGAAUUGUAGCAGCUUGUAUAACCGCUUAAGAGAUUUUUAAAAUAUUAAGCGGUUUAUAAAUGCUUUUAAAUAAACACAACCCUGGUUGUACAGAAACGUCAUUGCUGCAAUGAAUCUGCAAUUAUUAACGAAGAUCUAGCUUGCAACAGGACAGAGAAUGGGUAUAUUGCUGCCAGUGUGCCCCCAGUGUCUGAUUUUAUAUUCGAACUGGAUGGGAAGUGGGAAUACAAUUUUCAUGUGUCAGCGAUGCAACUUCAAAAUGUAAAUCUCCUGGGCUUAAGUUCUUAAUACGGGGAAUGGAAACUAAGGUACCUGCUCAAGACUGAAGGUUUCUCAUCUUGAAGCAUCACUUCUGCAAUAGUUUUGCUAAGGAAUGGGAUCUUGUGUUUCUGGAGAAACUUGCCCACCAAUUAAAUGCAUCUUGGGGCCAUCUCAAGCCAAGCCUUAGUUUUGUUUCUGUCUUGGUAUCAUCUGUCUUAACUCUGCUUACACUAAUGUAAGCCAGCAUUGGUAGACAAGUGUUUCCGUUUAUGGACUCAACCUAAAAAAAUCCUUUUCUCUUUUACACUUUGCUGUGUAGCACUUGCAAUUGUGUAUGCCUCCAUAGAACCAUAUUUAUGCCUAGCAUAACAUCAGGUUCUCUGUAAACAAUGACAAAUUCAUGUACUACUUUCUGUACUGCAUAGUUAACUGUACAUGGUAACGCCAUCUUAUGUGUGAAAAGCGGCUUCUAAACUUGCUAAAGCUGAUUAAAUUUCAGUUUAUUUUU